UGACAAGUUAAAAACUCACAGGGGUGUCAGUGUGGACCCGAAUGAAGCGAGCCUAAAAACCCUUGGGCUUGGGUCGACCGGGAUUGAUUGAGAGUGCCGCGCGCCAACCAUUUGUGUUUUGGCGCUUCUUUUUGGCGAGUUUUGCUCUUUACACUUUCCGGCGAGAAAGGAAGCAACGGUGACUAUCUAUGACUUGGUGGGAAGGCGUUCAGGAAUCCAGGGUUCUCGUUGCCCCCGAUCCUGGCACCGAUGGAAAUGGUUCGGGACGAAUGCUAUUGCUUCGUCAUCCUAAAUCUGGAAAGGCAACACAAUAUCUCUUUGUAAAUGGAAUGCUUCAAGAGUUUCAAUGGUUUAAGAACUUGUACGGGUCUUGGUUUUUGGGAGAUUAUACUAGUGAAGAUGGUCGACUGUAUUUAUCCACGCCUGUUGAUCCUGUUUUCAUCAUGCUGCCCAUAUUUGAGGAAGCUAGAAUGAAGAAAGGCGACGAUCUUGGCAAGUUCAGGCAAUUGGAUGAGAUGUUGUUUAUUGACGGGUAUCCAGGAUAUCAGCAAAUAAUGUCGCUUGUGGAGAACUGUAUGCAAGUAGUUUGUGAAGUCAAAGAAGUUGGAUCCUUAAAAUUCUUUAGACUUGAUGACACGAAGGUUCUGCGUUGGCUUUGCUAUAAGGUUUGUCAGCUGAAACAGACACUACCCAAGUUGGACAAAAAUUACGCUGUUCAAUCAGAGAAAGACACUUUGGUUGAUGCAGUUUCAAUAUUAGGAGAGUAUUUAAAUGAAGAAAACUGGUUGCAGCUUUUGUGUAAUCAUCUUAAGUUAAAUAUACUCGAGGUCACAGGAAAAUUACAACAAGCAAAUGCUGAGGAAAGUAAUCCUGGUUUGUAUAAUGAUGUAUUCCAGCAGGAGGAACAAAGUGAUGAUAAGAAGGCUACAAUUGUGAAGAAGGGUAGACAAGCAAAGAAAAUAAAACUUGAGACAGAAUCACAUAACAUCAGAGAUAUGUUUUCUAGGGCCUCCAGAAAGAAAAACUAAACCAUUCCAUUGAAACUGAUGAAAAAUUGAGAUGGGUCAUUAUCAUUUUGUUGUUUAGAUUUAUAAAAAUGGAAUGGAGUAUUAUGUAACAUGAUGAAAUUUAUUUUAUCAUCUCUUAUUUUACUUUUCGUUCAAUUUGAGGUGUAUCUAAUCAAGUGAAAUAUUUUGAUUAAAAAAAUAUUUUUCCACCUUUA